GAUGGACUACAAGGCAAUUGCCCAACAAGCUAACCAAGAAGUUUUAAGUUACAACCAAGACACAUCUGGCUGGAAAUUGGUUAAAGCUUCAAAAAAGAUAACUGUGUUCAGCAAGGCUUCUAGAAGAUUCCUUGGAAGUCUGUGAAAAAAUGAAGGAGGCGUGGGUGACUCUUCAGAACACUGCUCUAGAUUUCUCUUGAAGCACCAACACAAAAUAGGGUGGUCAAAAUGUCUGCAAAAGCAGAAUUUAUUCCAUAGUAUCUCUACUGAAACAUUUAUAUGUCAUACCAUUACACAAAGUUUUGCCUUGGGCUCAAUUUCCCCCCGAGACUUUAUCGACUUAAUACACAUCAAGCACUAUGAUGGGAAUAUGGACAUUAUCAGUUCUAAUAGUGUGGAUUUUCCAGAUUAUCCUCCAUCUUCAAAUUAUAUCCGUGGUUUCAAUCAUCCAUGUGGCUAUGUGUGUUCACCUCUGAAAGAAAACCCAGCAUAUUCAAAACUAGUGAUGUAUGUGCAAACAGAAAUGAGAGGAAAAUUAACCCCAUCAAUAAUCGAAAGAACUAUGCCUUCCAACUUAGUAAGCUUUGUUCUCAAUGCGAAGGAUGGAAUAAAAUCAUACAGACCUUCAUCAGCCCAUGAACAUUACAAUAGUCAUUCAUCAUUCCAGAGGAAGAAAGGUCGUUCUUCCAUUAAAUCAUAAAGAUUUCAGACCAUGCAAACCGCUUCUAAGUCUGUGUGCACAAAUACUGUCAACUAUUCUAAACCAUAUUCUUGUACAAAUUACUGGCAACACCUUGUGAAACUGAACUUCAAUGUUGUACAAGAGAACAGCAUUAAAUAUAAUUUUUAA